GUGAAUGAAGGUGGUUUAUGGAGGAAACGCCACAACAUUUCAUGGAAUUUCGUCAAAUUCAUAAACAAAUCGACGUGGCAUCCCAAUCCAAGGCGACCCGGCCAGAAUCUCACUCGACUCCUCAGUAAUCCAUUGUUCACCUACUUGAGAUUAGCAUCCGAAAAUAGAUAGCCAUGAAGUUAAUUGCAUUUGCAAUUUUUGCCUUGGUCUUGUCUCCAUGUUUUGCCCAUGGAGAGUUUCAGUUGAGCUCUGAGGAAUUGGAUCCUGCAGAUGUGGAGGAGCCAGGUUGUCCAAGAGUCACUCAUCUCAAAAAUAUUGACCUGAGACAUUUUUAUGGCGAGUGGCAUCUGCCUUACUUGAGCAACCAUUGGAUUCGAUACAUGGCGAAAAGGAUGCAUGGGAAGUUUAUGAAGAAAUCUAGCAUGGGGAGAGUCUGUGUCAAAAUGAGCUUAAAACCAAUUCCGGAUGAACAAAUGAUGCAAAAUGACAACGCUUCCAUCUGGAUUCACAGCAAAUGUCCUAGAACAGGAGUGGAACUUAAUCUUGCUUGCACACCCAGCGCCAGCAACAACGCCAAGUGGUACUGCAGGUCCAAGGACUCUGAGGACCACGAAGGCGACUCGUGGGUGUACGUGGUUGACUCUGAUGAUAAAACUUGGGCGUUGGUAGUCCGCUGCUUCCCCAACAACGGUAUGAACUGGGCCAUCUUCUCGAAAGUAAAAAAGCUGGAUGACAAGUUGGUCAAGUCUCUCUUGCUUGAAGUAGAAGAAAUGGGUUUCCAACUUUGGAACGUGGUUGAGAUUCCAUACGAGAAGUGCGUGACCAAGAUGUAAAUUUCAGAGCAGUUUUUCAGCUUUAAUUUUGACAAGCAUACGUGUCCAACUUGUCAUAACUUGUAAAUCUCUUGCUUCAGCCCUCUAUGCAUUUGUUAAACUUAGGAUUAAUUAUUUCCAUGCGAUAACUUAACUUUGCUGGAUUAAAAUAGCAUUAUUCAAUAAAUCAAUAAUCAAAUAUUAGUGUUGUUGAGUUUGUGAGUACUUACUGCUUUCGACUGCACUGAUACCAGGAGAAUUUGUAAAUGUUUAGAAAAAAACAACAAAUUGCGACUUCGAAAGUUAAUCUUGAAAUAAAUGCUGUGAUCCUGAA